GUACGAGAAGACGAGCCAUCCAGCGAGCCAGUGUGUAGGACUCGCCCGUCAGGACAGCAGCAGCAGCAGCAGCUCAUUACCACCGCGUGUGACAAUAUCCGUGCGAUGGCGGCUCGUGUGGGUGUACUGCGGCAAUAUAUGGCCACCGUUUUAGUGAACCUGCUCGGUGUUAGCUAUGGCAUGAUCAGUGGAUGGUCUUCGUCCGCACUGCCCACACUCCAGGCCCCGACCGGAAGUCCACUGGAGUAUGGCGUCAUAACACAGCACCAAGCUUCCUGGAUCGGCGGUGCACUCUGUCUCGGUGGAAUCGCCGGUACGCUCGUCGGUGGUGCGAUUGUGGACCGGAUUGGAAGGAAGUGGACGGCAUGGGUGGCCGGUGUACCGCUGGUGGUAUGUUGGGUUCUGGUCAUCGUGGCGGAUCAUCCAGGGUAUCUGAUGGGAGCACGGUUUCUUGGUGGACUUGCCGGUGGUAUCGAGUUCGUCGUAACGCCGCUCUACGUAUCGGAGAUCGCAUGCACAAGACACCGUGGCACACUGUCCUCCCUGCUAAUCCUGUCCUGCUGUCUCGGUGUGGAGCUAGCUUAUCUGGCCGGUGCACUGCUGCACUACCACACCAUUCCCUGGAUAUCGGUCGGCGUUCCGGUGUUCUUUCUCGCCAGCUUCUGCUUCCUGCCCGAAACACCCUCACACCUGGCCAAGGCGCAAAAGCUUGAGGCGGCCGAACAAUCGUUACGCUUCUUCUACGGCAUCCGGUCGGAAAAGGACACUGUGGGAGAGGAUGAGUACGUCCGUGAACUGCAACUGCUGCAACGUAUUGUACAUGCAGGCUCACCACCAGCUUCCCAGGGAAAGGAUCCAACCGCCACCGUCGUGCUGUCGUGGAGCGAUUUCACGAGCCGACACGCCCGGCACGGUUUGCUGAUCUGCGUGACACUGAUGGCGUUAAAUCAGUUCUGCGGUUGCUUCUACAUGAUGAACUAUGCACAGUCGGUGUUUGCCGCGUCGGGAUCGGUGCUGAGUCUACCGGCCAGCCUGUCGGUGAUUGUGGUCGGGUUGAUUCAGCUCGUCGGAUGCUACGUCUGCACGCUGCUGGUGGAUCGGAUCGGGCGUAAACAUAAAACCGAUUUCCAGAUUCUGCUGCUCAUCUCAUCCGCCGGUCUAACGCUCGGCCAGAGCGUCUUCUCUUCCUACUGCUACGGUCAAACGAUGGGGCUCGAUCUGACGGCGUUCGGUUGGGUACCGUUGGUGUGCUUUUCCGUUAUCGUUUUCAUUGGCACGGUUGGGGUCGGUACGAUGCCGUUCGUCGUGCUGGCGGAAAUUAUGCCACAAAAGAUCAAAGGAUUCGCUACGACGUUUUGCAUGGUGACCAACUGGACGUUUGCUUUCAUUGCGUUAAAGUACUUCUCCACGCUAAGUGUGCUUUUGGGGAUGCACGGCAUUCUGAUGUUUUUCGCCAUUUGCUCGCUCAUCGGUACACUCUUCGUGCUGCUGUGCAUGCCAGAAACGAAAGGAAAAAGCUUCCAAGAAAUUCAAUACAUGAUGGAAAAGUAGACCUUCUGCUCCUCAAUACUUACUGCAAAGUUCAAGGCCAAUUAAACCAACGAAAUUGAAUGCAGAAUCGCUCCUUAAGUGUAAUAGAUUCGUAGUGUUAAAGAUCCAAGAAACAAAAACAAUUUCAGCUCAUCGUAGACAUAAUACAUUGUCCCACCGGCUGGAAGGUUGCCUGUAUCACGUUCCACCAUUUCGUUAAUUACCAUUUGAUGGGUUUCUCCUGUUUGUAUCUUCCGCCUAAAGCGGUUUAUGGGGACGAAAAAAGGGCGAUGCAGUAGCGGCAGCUAUUCAUUGUCCGGUAAUGAGUACUUAAUUCGCAAAAGCCUAUGGCCAUUUCGAGCACGUGUUACGAAUACUGGAAUCAGUCGGAUUUUGGGUUGGGUUCGGGCUGGCAAACGUCUGACGGAUUCUCCUAUACUUGUAUAAAACUACAAGCUUAAAUGCAAUGUUACAACAAUAAAAUUUUAAUAACAUUCAAA